GUUAAACUAGUUUCCGCGAUUUUUCAGCCGGCCGGGUAUAAAGGAGAAAUUCAAUGUCGGCUGAUACAUCAUUAGACGUCGCGCCGGCGUGUCGGUUCGAUCUGCUCGAUCAACGGUGAACGGUGGACAGGAGGGUGUUCCGUUGCGAAUGAGACAGCGAGGCGAAACGGGGGCUCUCGUUGAUCCGUGCCACGUAUUUUAAAGGCGAACCUGAGUGACGGCUGAUUGAUAUGGCGAUGCUGGCGCUGAUUCUACUACUCUCGACGAGCCUGGUCCAAGGUGACGGGAAGAGCAACGACCCGAACGACGAGCCGUUUCUCCCGAUAUUCCCCGUGUACCCUUACAACCCUAAGCUGAUCAAGCGAGGCGUCGACAGGGACGGAAAUAUCGCGCAAUUGUCACCGGAGUUGUACGCGCCGAAACUGGACGCUAAAGACUCCUACACUUCGAGCUACACCGCGAACUACCCUCGCGAUCCUUACUACCCCAGCUACAACCCCUACCCAAAGGCGUCCACCGCGUCCGGCUACUCUUAUUACGGCUCUCUUCCGUACUCUUACCCGAGUACAAGCUCGUAUCCAGCGUACAGCGGCUACAACACGUACUCCACGCCAUAUCCGAUGCCGCCUUCUUACACGGCGAUGCCGUACUCGACGCCCUACCCUAAUUACUACUACCAGCCGCCCUACUAUUACCCGAACUACUACUCCCAGCCGAUGUACGGACCGCCCCCGCUGCCACCGGCCGGCGCGGACUACCCCGGCGAUCCUUAUUCCGACCAAGAAAGCGAGAAGAUCGCGAAGAAGAAGCCGUCCGGCGAGAAAAGGUACAAGAGCAACGAGGAGCAAGACUCGUCGAACAGCCAGUACAUCGACGGAGGAAAUUACAUCUCGGGCAGCUCGAAGGACCUGGACAGCCAGCCGAGCACCUACAAAUCCAGCAGCCCGCAGAACCAGCUGGAACAAGUGACCGACAUCCACAUCAAAAGCAUCCCUCUCCCGGCGCCCAAGACCACCUACAGGGUGGUCAGCGUCGCGGGCCAGCCCGUGGGCCCGGACUACCCUCUGCCAGCGCCCUACGUCAAGGCGCAACAGCUUGAAGAGCUGAUGAGCCAGACCUGGGCGAAGGUGCUGGCUCAGAACCUGCAAUCGGCCGCACAGUAUUCGGGGAACGACGGCAACAAGAACGCCGAAAGGGGUCAGAUCAAGGAUCAGAGCAGGGAUCGGUACGUCUCCGUGCCCAACGUGAUCGCGAAGACCGGGCUGGCGUACGUCGUGAAUCCAAACAUCGUCGGCAAGCUGAACCUGGCGAAUGCCGCUAGUCAGAUCGCACAGGCGCCGACGACCCACUUGAAGAGCAUCAAUUAUCCGCCGCCGGUCGCCGGGGUUUACACCGCGGUCGAGAAGCCGACGAAGGAUCAGUCGGACUCGGGCGAGUACGAUAACUAUAACGACGGCUCGUCGUCUUCUCAGGCGGCGUCCCAGGAUUACGAGGGCUCCCAGAACGAGAAGCAGCAGAGCUACGAGGCCGAGCAGUCUUAUCAGGGCCAGAACUUCGUGACGGUGCAGACGCCCCAAGGCUACGGCUACCAGUACACCGGAAGCUAUCCGGCGCAGAGCGGCCAGCAACCGUACAAGAACAACCUGGACGACGUGAACUUCGGUAGCAAGACGAAGAAAGGGUAGGAAAUGAUGCCGAAGAGGCGAGCUUGCGAUGCUGAAGAGCUUCAAAGGUGCUACGAAUCUUCGAGACGCUGCCGUUUCGAGGAUCAUCCAGUUUUCCACGACUCCCGCGGACGACUUUUGCUGAACGAACGCCACAGAAAAUCAGCUUUCACACGGCGCCGCGCGUUCUCGAUCGAUGCCGACGGGUAUUAUAUUUAUAAUUGUUUCCUGUAGUUUCUACUUCCGAUUCUUGUUACGAGCGAGCGCCGCCCGCUGCCGGAGCGGUCAGAGAAAAACGCGACCUCCGCGGCGCGCAGGUUCCGCCGGGUUAAUCAUACUUUCGCUCCCGUUAGGCCGGUUUUUUUCUCUCCUCGUUCCCGCUCCCGGGGACUGAACUCGCGGCCUGAACUCGGCCCGAACUUUCUCACCUACGACCCGCGCGCUCGCCGGCGACGCAAAAGCUGCUUGCGAGCGGCUUCCGCAUGCAAAUAUUGUACUCGGUCGCUGGAUAAUAAACGAUCGUUGUUGGUUCUU